GGAGGGGGUCUAUGGGUGUGGGAUAGGGUUUGGGAGGAGGAGAGGAUAGCUGCAGUGCUUACAGUGAGGUACACAAGCACAUCAACCGAGGGAGCUGCACUUUUGGAAGGAUCCCCAUUACAGUAGAACAGAAGAAAAAUAUAACAUCAUUUGCAUGUGAAGGAAUGAAGUGACAACUGUAAAGUGGACCAGUACCAUAACAGCUCUGCAGCCUGUUGUACAGUUUCAAUGCUCUGUGAUACACUGACAGGAGGAGGAAGCACUUGAUUUAAAGACUGAGAUUUCCAGUGCAGUCGAGGGUGCAGAGAAAAGAAGCACUUUCUGUGGACACACAGCCAGGGAGGGAGCUCUUUCCCCUACUCUUCUAGGAUUGCUGUUUUCCUGUCACUCUUGAUUUCGCUUGCAAAACAUUGAGAGGAGUAGAUCUCAGAGCACCCUAGAGUUGGCUAGGAACACUGGACAUGGAGAUAAACCCCAUUCCUGUACUUACGAUCCAGACUGUUCCCUAUGAGGAUCAGAAACCAGGUAGCAAUGGCUUUAGGAAACCUACAGCAGUGUUUGAGAGCAAGAGGAACUAUCUGCAGAACUUUAUCCAGAGUGUGUUGUCAUCCAUAGACCUUAGGGAUCGUCAGGGUUGCACUAUGGUGGUGGGGAGCGAUGGAAGGUACUUCAGCAAGACAGCCAUUGAGACCAUUGUGCAGAUGGCAGCGGCCAAUGGGAUCGGUCGAUUAAUCAUUGGACAGAAUGGAUUAUUGUCUACACCUGCUCUAUCAUGCAUCAUCAGGAAGAUUAAAGCAAUUGGAGGAAUUAUCCUAACAGCCAGUCACAAUCCAGGAGGACCUGGAGGGGAUUUUGGAAUCAAGUUUAAUGUUGCUAAUGGAGGUCCUGCCCCAGAUACUGUUACUGAUAAAAUUUUCCAGAUAAGCAAAACUAUUGAGGAAUAUGCUAUCUGUCCAGACCUCCGCAUUGACCUUUCCAGAGUUGGAAGGCAGGAAUUUGACUUGGAGAAUAAAUUCAAACCAUUUAGAGUUGAAAUAGUGGAUUCGGUGGAAGUGUAUCUCAAUAUGCUCAGAACUCUGUUUGAUAUGAAUGCAAUUAAAAGUUUGCUUACUGGGCCUGACCAACUCAAAAUAAGGAUUGAUGCAAUGAAUGGAGUAAUGGGACCUUAUGUCAGAAGGAUCUUAUGUGAUGAAUUAGGAGCACCUGCCAAUUCUGCAGUGAACUGUGUUCCCCUAGAAGACUUUGGUGGACAGUAUCCUGACCCCAACCUGACAUAUGCCACUGGUCUCCUGGAGGCCAUGAAGGGAGGAGAACAUGGAUUUGGAGCCGCUUUUGAUGCAGAUGGAGACAGAUAUAUGAUUUUAGGAGAAAAUGGUUUCUUUGUGAACCCUUCUGACUCCUUAGCUGUUAUAGCUGCCAACCUAUCUUGCAUUCCAUAUUUCCGUCAAAUGGGCGUUCGUGGUUUCGGAAGGAGCAUGCCUACAAGCACUGCCCUAGACAAAGUUGCAAAAGCAAUGAAAGUUCCAGUCUAUGAAACUCCAACUGGUUGGAAAUAUUUUGCAAAUUUGAUGGACUCUGGAAGAUGUUCUCUUUGUGGUGAAGAAAGCUUUGGCACAGGAUCUGAUCAUCUAAGAGAAAAAGAUGGACUUUGGUCUGUUUUGAUUUGGCUUUCCAUCAUGGCAGCACGAAAGCAGAGUGUUGAAGAGAUUGUACAAGAUCACUGGGCAAAGUUUGGACGCCAUUAUUUCUGCAGAUUUGAUUAUGAAGCCUUGGAUCCCCGAACUGCAGUUUUUAUAAUGAAAGAUUUAGAGGCCGUCAUAACAGAGAAGUCUUUCGCUAAUCAAAAGUUUGCUGUUGGAAGUCAUGUGUUCAGUGUGGAAAAAACAGACAGCUUUGAGUAUGUGGACCCUGUGGAUGGAACAGUAUCAAAAAAACAGGGUCUUCGAAUUAUAUUUGCAGAUGGAUCAAGGAUAAUCUUCCGAAUCAGUUCCUCAGGUACCAUGGGAACUACCUUAAGGAUCUAUGCAGAAAGCUAUGAGAAGGAUCCCACCAAGCAUAAUAAAGAGACACAGGCGGUGCUUGGCCCUCUCAUAGCCAUUGCUCUCAAGCUUUCUCAAAUCCAUGAGAGGACGGGGCGGAAGGGACCCACCGUAAUUACCUGAACUCAACAUACAGAAAGCAACGUGGGCCAAAUACAACUGUGUGAAAGAAUGAUAUCCCUUUUGCCUUGCCAAAGCCUUUAAAUAGCUGUAUAUGCUUUAUUUGAGUAAUAUGUAAUGUUUUGUACUUACUUACAUGCUAUUAAUGAACUAAGAGCUGGAAAACCCUUCCUGUUCAUUCCUCUGUUAGUGCCCCAGGUGGCCCCUACUGCACUCUUGGCUACAAAACUGUUGAGUGCAGGAGGUUUCCUAUCAGUUAUUUAAAAUGAAAAGUGCAUCUUACCUGGGGCUCAU